AUGACUUUGCCCUGGUGGGCAUCGCUGCCAAACUUGACUUGGAAUGUGACCGCCAACUGUUCGUCACUGGGCAACUUUGCAAACAGCAUUAUCCGCACCUCUCCGAAAUUGGACUAUUGCAAUGUCCACAUCAACGCCCUUUCCAAUCUGGUUCAGUCCUCCUUCAAGACCAAUUCUACGGGAGAGCUUGGCUACGGCACGCCUCAGCAGAUAGCGUCCUGGUACCUAUCUGCGUGUGGUUGUGUCUCAAUGAUCGCUAAUGCUACUUGCGACGUUGAAACAACUUCGAGUGCCUUGGAUUUCAUAGAUGCAGUCCAAUUAGAGCUCGAAAAGUCGGCAAACACGACGUGUAUCGACGAGCUCCGCUGGUCUCUUGGGAUUCAAGGCAACGCUGAUAUCGCGGGUGUUGGGGUUAUGGUCACUUUCUGUAUCGAGGCCUGGCUCAUUAUCGCUUUCUAUGUCGCCAAGGUUGUGGAAUAUUAUGCCGGAAACCGCAUCUUGAAGGCCCUAGAAGACCCAAAAACCGCGUCCCAGAUUGGCGGAUGCUUAGUAACUGCCUCGAUCCAUACCGCCGCUGCCGCCUCAGGCAACGGACAAGACAGACAAGUCGAACGAUGGAUGGCUGGCGAAGAUCUCACCGUGUAUGACUCGCAACUCUCGGCUCUGGCAUCGCUAUUCAGUAUUCAGGUCACAUUCAUGGCUAGCUUGAUGCUUCAGGAAGCAGCAAGACGUCGGGGCCUGGUGAUUUUGACCACUGUUGCAGUCUUGGCCCUCUUAGGGGUGCUACUUGUGACGUUGGUCAGCUUGAUAGUGUGGCAAACCGUGCAGCUGCCCAAGGUUGUCGAACAGUUGCUCCAGGACACGCUGCAGAGUGACCGAAGGGUGAGGGUAUUCCUUCAGGUGUCUGUGAGUGUCACCGUAUUCAUGAUGGCUAUCUGCAGUUUGACUGUUUUGGUAGUCACAUAUAUGAAAAAAGGGACAGCCGGAAAGGAAGUACCGUCGACUCCUGAAGCUGGAGAAAGUGAUCAGGAUUCGGAUCCGAAAUCUGAAGAGGAUGGACUAUCGUCGAACCGAACAGGUGGACAGGAGAAACAGCCGCCAACUCAAAUUAUUGGAGACAAAGAAGACCAGACAUCUCAAAACGUUGGUGUGGGAGGUUCAUCGCUUGGUCAAACCUCUGGAAAGCGGGAACAGUCGACACCUUCGAAGGCUGCAAAGGGAGAACAAUCACCAGCACAACUCCUCGCAGCCGAAUCCCGGGUCGUGCAGACGAUAUUGAUGGGCAUGAUGCUCGCGACACUCGGCAUCUUCUUUGAUUUUCGCGAACAGACUAUCAACAGCGGCGCAGCGGGUGACCCGCAACUCGAAUGGAGCUUCGGGCAAAUUAUGGUUUUGACGACCUGGGUUCCUGUGAUUCUCAUCUUCUGGAGUACACUCUUCUUUACACUCUUCUUUACACUUUUCUCCCCUGGGAAGCGCAUGCUGCCUGAGUUUGGGGCAGACUCCAGCCUUGGUAAAGUCCGACAAAGUCGCACCGCUUAA